AUGGCCUCCAUGGCCUCCAUAGCCACUGUGGCCUUCAUCACCGGGCUGUGCCUUGGCUGCUUAACGGUGAGUGCUGCGCCUGGCUGCGAUGUGCCGCAAGUACAGAGACCCAAUGGCACGAUGAAUUCAGCACCUCUGCUGCUGCAGAGACCCGGCACCUUGGUCACCAUGGUCAAACCCAAAAAUCGGAGUUUGCAUGACCUGCCGGUCAGAGACUACCCUCCCCAACCGAACUUUCCGCGUUUGGCGACAGAGACUUGGAGAUUUAUGCAGCUGGCAGAGGGGAAAGUACGCCAAGGGACAGUUGUGUUGGAACAAUUCGGGCCGGCGGGAGUGCACAAGUUCUUCAAUGCCGCCUUGAUCUUUGACUGGUGCUUAUUUCUGGUUGCUGCCUGUGUGGCAUUGGUCUGGCGCAAAUCCUCACAGCUUCUGGCGCCCUUGACUUCCCUGUUGGGCUGGUUGGCGCUAGGUGCCAUCUAUGCGGUCAUCAUUUUCGGACGCAUGGGCUCACACCAUGGCUCCAACUGGGUGGCUGGGUAUUUCUUGGAGCUAAUCUUCCUGAUCGAAAACGUGUUCGUCUUCCACGCAAUCGCAGAAGCUUUCCUAGUCCCCGCAAAGCGGGUGGUGUCGUGCCUGGUGCUGGUUGCCUGGGGGCAGAUUUGCUUCGACGUAGUGUUCUAUAUGGGCUUGGCGCAGUGGUUGCGUUCUUGGGUCCUGCUGCCUUAUUUGCUCGGUUUGUGGUUGCUUGGUCUUGGAGUGUCAGUACUUCGCCACUCCAUCGAUGAGCCAGAGGAACAGUCAGCACCGUCACCCAGUGCUUCUGAUACUUCAGACGCUGCGCAAAGCCCUGCAGCAGACAUGUUGAGGAAUGUGGUUGGAAACAGAGUUGACAUGGACGGGCACUCGGAUGCAGGAUUUCUGGUGCUUCGGGAGAAAGAUAUCAAGGUCCCAAUCCUGGAUGUGGUGACCUGCGUGCUUCUCUUAGCCGACUUCUUGCUGGAUAUUGAUGUGGUCCUGACGAAGAUCGAGGAGAUACCCAACACCUAUAUUGGUUUCAGCUCGUCGGCCUUAGCGACCUUUCUCAUCCCGGAGCUCUUCGCUUUGAGCCAGGACAUGCUGUCCUGCUUUCCGCUGCUGCACUAUGGGAUUGGCCUCGUGCUGUGCUUUUUUGGUUUGGAGAUGGUGCUUCAACCACUCGUGGAAGUUGAACCCUUGAUUUCCUGCGCUGUAGUGGUUGUGAUUCUGGCGGCUUGUGUGGUGGCUUCUGCUGUGAAGGAUCACUGGAGGUGUCCGGAGAGCGGCCGGGCAGGCCGGGCAUGA